UCCGGGUGUUGUCCGUCUCCCCGGCACACACUCGCACUCACGGCUGCUUCCAUCUAUCCAUGCAGUUCACUUCAUUGUACUGACUGUGUUCAUCAAUUAGGCAAGAAUUAAGCCGUUUUAGUUUCAGCAGUUCUCUCUCAGCACUUCCGAGGGGAUUAUAAGCCGCGGACAGAGGCGCAGAUAAGUUUUGAGUGCGGGAAAGCGGAGGGAAUCGAAACACAGAGAUGCCCUCAGUGAUGGAGCGCUCGGGGGCCGGGGUCCUGUCCAGGAGCAGAGCUAAGACCGUAACCAACGGCAACAGCCAACCACACUCUGAGGAGGACAGCAGCGAUGAAGAGCACGCUCAUGACAGUAUGAUAAGAGUGGGAGGAGAUUACCAGGCUCAGAUCCCUGAGUUCAAACCAGACAGUCCAACCCGUUACAAUGAGAAGGACCAGAGGAGCAUGUUGGUGUGGUGUCCCAACAGUCAGCUCUCUGAUGCAAUGUUGGACGAGUACAUCCUGAUGGCUAAAGAGAAACAUGGAUACAACAUGGAGCAGGCCCUAGGCAUGUUGUUGUGGCACAAACACGACGUGGAGCGUUCACUGGCCGACUUAGCCAACUUCACCCCCUUCCCGGACGAGUGGACGGUCGAGGAUAAAGUGCUGUUCGAACAGGCCUUCAGCUUCCAUGGCAAGAGCUUCCACCGCAUCCAGCAGAUGCUUCCAGACAAGCUGAUCUCUAGCUUGGUAAAGUACUACUACAGCUGGAAGAAGACCAGGACCAGGACCUCAGUCAUGGACCGACAGGCCAGGAGGCUGGUCAACAAGAGAGAAAAAGAUGACAGUAAUGAUGACAUGGAGGAAGGAGACCCCGGCAGUGACAGUGACUUUGAGAUUGACAACAAGAAAGAGGCAGUCAAACAGAACCCCAGCAGCACCAGCUCCGACAAGGCCACCCCGAGUCGCUCUGGGCCGGUAAAGAAGGAGAAUAUCGGGGCUCAGUACCGCCACCAUCCGCUCAGAGCCCGCCGCAGGCCACCCAAGGGCAUGCACCUGGACCAGGGAGACAUCAUGUCCCUGUCAGCCUCUCACGAUGCCGGGGUGCUAACUAUACGACAGCUGGACACACAGUUGGUGUCACUCAAGAGACAAGUUCAGUCUAUUAAACAGAACAACAGUAGUUUGAAACAGAGCCUAAAUGAAGGCGUUGACACUUUUAAACCUGCUGAGCCUGCCCCUAAGAUGAACUCCCGUUGGACCACAGAGGAGCAGCUCCUGGCUGUGCAGGCUAUCCGUCGGUACGGUAAAGACUUUGCAGCCAUUGCAGAGGUGAUAGGGACCAAGACACCAGCUCAGGUGAGUUCAUUCUUCGUGAGCUACCGACGCAGGUUCAACCUGGACGAGGUGCUGAGGGAGUGGGCGGCUGAGCAGGUGGCCACCAGCCGAGAUCAGAGAGACCCCAGGAGGAGCGGCGAGGAGAUUGCAGCAGCUACAGAUGGAGGUGCAGAGGAGGAUGAGGUCAAAAUGGAGGACUCUCCCUCAGAGGCUGCUGGCAGCUCCUCUCCCCCCUCCUCCACCCAGACCCCGUCUUCUCUCUCCCAGCCUCCUCCGCUGCUGCGCCCCGCGCCUCCCUCGGCUCCCCCCAGCCUCCUCCGUCAGCCUCCUCCUCUCCAGACACGCCCACUCCAGAACCGAGCGCCCCACAACCACCCUCCACCUCCGCUCAUCCGGCCCGCAGUGACCUCCUCCUCCUCCUCCUCCUCCACCGGGAGCUCCAGCCUCAGGGCCUCUCCUCCCAGCUCCUCCUCCUCCACUGCAGCAGGGCAGAUGCCUCCUUCGCUGGUCGGGCUCAAAGUGGAGCAGCCCAACUCGCACUGAUAACACACACACAAACAAACACACACGUGACAACAGGGGUAGAAACACACCAACAAACAAAGAUUAGCAUGCAGACGAACACAAACACAGUGCUUUCUCUUUUCUCAGAGAAAAUUCCUUCAUCCUGUAACUCCAUCGCUCCUAGCUUUUGUUCCCAGGACACGCUCAGGUCCCUAAGCUAACAUCACAGCUCUUAAAACAUGGCAGGAAGAGUGUGAGGGCUCCCUCAACAAGUCCGCUUUGUAAGACACUGAUCUGAAGCCCCUUUACUGUACUGACAAACACCUACCUCCAGACCAUAACUCUCUAGUGUAACACAUACACGCACACACACACACACACACACACACACACACACACACACACACACACACACACACACACACACACACACACACGCUGGUAACUCAAACUGAACACUACCUUCACAACCUCCCUGAAAAAAACAAAGAGAGACACUGGAUCAUCAAGCUCUUGAAGAAAGCCAUGACCACAGAGAGCAAACCCACCUGCUCGUCUCCAUGGCAACUGCUGAACAUCUGGACUGCGGAGGAGUGUGGUUGAACACACACGCACACACACAUGCACACACUAUAUAUUUAAAUAUACAUCUAUAUAUAUCUAUAUAUAUAGAUGUAUAUAUAUCUCUAUACUGUAGGUUCCACUGGGCAGGUAUCAAGUCAUCCCAACAGCCUUCCGGAAAAACAAAUGAUGAAUAAAUGAGGGAAAGAAAAGAUGAGAAGAACGGAGGGAGAGUUUGUCCACAUGUGAGCUCCUCCUGAGAGGUUGCGUAGAUUAGAAGAUCAUUGUGAUGGGUGGAAACGUUGUGAAGAAAUUCCUUUUGAGCUUGGCUUUAAAACUUGGACCCUCAAAGAGGAGCAAGAAGGUACUUUUUCAAAGAAACGGUGCUUUGUAAUCAAAGCUGUGAGCUUUUUGCUGUGGCUUUUAAUGGUUGAAACUGUUGGUUCAGAAUUGGGCAAAAAUGGAAAAAGAAGAGCAAGAGAUCACACGUCUCGCUCUUCUCUCAUAGCCAUGUAUUACUAGUAUUUACUGGAGUGAUGUUUUCCUUAUUUUUUGACUAGACUUUAAAAGGUGAGCCAUAGGUAGGCAGUUAGUUACUGUAAGUAGUUUAAAUGGUGCAUACUUUAUUACUAUUAUUAUUAUUAUGAUAAUUAUUGACUGAGCACUAAGGAGAAAAAGAGCCUUUUAACACGUGUGACUGGACGUUGUGUCACACUUCAACAAGACAUUUUGCCACAGCUCAUUUUCACUGGCCCAGUGUUGAAGUCCACUGCUUAUGUCGGUUAGUUUGGAGGAAGAACGCAGCAGAGCGAAAAAACAGCUUCUCUGUAAUGUGUGUGACAGGACUGAUUUUUAAACUUUUCUGAGAUUAGUUUUCUGACCUACAGAUUUGUGUAAACUGAGAAAGAAAAGGAAAUGUCCUGCCAAAGCCUGCUAACGCUUUAUAAGCACAUUGUCGGACAUUGUUUUUACACGUCUCCAGUUAAGCUGUUGCGCAUCAGAGAUGAGUCCGACAUUUUACGGUGUUGGCUUCCUUCCUAAAUGUUAAGACACAAGAGGUUGGCAUUUUGGGAAAUUUGGUUACUCACUUUCUUGCCUGCUCUGAGCGGUCAUUAUGAACUUAGCGUAGCACAGUGAAAACUGCUAGACAGCUAGCCCGGUUCUACCCAAAGGUAACAAAAUCUGCCUAACAGCAAAUCUAAAGCUGUAAUUAACACUUUUCUUUUGUUUAAUUUGUAAAAAAAAAAUAAAACAAAAAAAAGGACAAGUUGACUUUUUUUUUUUUUUUUUUUGGUGGCCAGACCAUUUCUACUUCUCUUCAGUGAAUCUCAGCUGGUUGCCAGGCAACUCGUCCCGACCAAGAAACCCUAAAAUGAAGGGUUGUCGUUUUCACACUUCGGUCCUACAGAUUAAACAAAUGAAAUACAACAUGUUAAUUAGAGGGUUUUAGUGGAGCUGGUACAGGAGCCUAAGUGUUUCCCUCUGUUUCCAGUCUCUGUGCUGGCCGGUGGUGGUCGAGUGUUAAGUUAUCUCAGCACGACAGCGGAUAAUGUCUAACUAUUCAUUUAGGUUAACGUUUCCGUAGGAAACCCAAAAUAGCACCGGCCGGUUGAGAUGACGACGAUCCAGUUCAGUAGUUUGUCAGCCAGCAUGUGAUAGUCAGUCCAAAAGUGAAUUUACAAAGAUUUGAUGACAACUCGGUGAAGCCGUCUGAGUCCAGUUAAGGCAGCCUUCUCUCUUGAUAGUUCAAAGUCCUGUGCUGUCCAGGCACAGAGGGACGCAGCCUGAAUGGUCAAAGGGCACCUGGAAGAGGUUUUGCUGUAAUGUAAGCCAGUUGAUUAAUUUUGACAAAGAACCUUCAGGAAAUGCUGCAUUUUCCUUCCCAGCUCUGCCACAGUUUUUCUGCCUCUGAAAUUCUCCCUGCUAGUGUUUAGGGCUUGUGUGUUUAUUGCCUCCUUAGGUUGUGAUAUCAGGCAACUUCACAAACAAAUGUAGAUGACUAAACAACAUCUUUCUGUGACACCUUCAUUACUUGCUUCAGAUUUUUUUUUUUUUUUUGGAUAUAACCUGUUAGUCCCAUGCUGAAUCUUGCCUCCCCUCACAUUCCAGUUGCCUGUUUAUCACUGCCUUCUCAAGCCGAUCUGGGAUAACAAGUCAUGUAUAAACCUUUCUUUAAACCGUGUUCACUGCUGCUCUCACAUCCCCUGCGUUUGUUAGCAGAGGCCUUCAGCGUUCACUUUGACGUGGCACCGACUGGGAAUUGAGGCAGCCCAUCACUACAUUUGGCUUUAAAGUGACUUGCCUUUUGAAUUUGCUUGGACUUGUUUUCUUCCAUCUGUUCCUUUUUUUUUUUUUCAAAAACUGCUUGUGUGUUCUAUAUGUGAGAAGUUGUUUACAUUGUGGAAACUGAACUGUUUGUGUUUGACAGAUGU